AUGGUGGUUGAUGAGCCGUGCUGUCGACUGCCCGUCGAUGCCGCCGUCUCGGUGAGCACGGCGCACCCCGGGCUCGAGCGCUGGCUGGCGGCGCGGUUCAGGGCGACUCUGCAGGGGUCGGUUGAUGUCUGGGCCGGCCGCUCCGUGCCUGGGAGCCUCCCGAGUGCACAGUGGCAGGAGACGGCCGGCAUUCGAGGCACGAGGUACUACGAGUCCAGUUCAGCAACACCGUCUUACGAAGGUAGUACUGCAAGUAGCUCAAUGUCGAAUCGUGCGUGCCUGGACGGGAGGUUCCAGGUGGACGGGACGGGCUCCCAACGCACUCAAUGUCUGGGCAGGCAGGCAGUGGAGGGCCCCGGGCCUUGCCCUGCGCCACUUGCGCUGCUGCAUAAACCGCCGUGGGAGCGGAGCGGCCGCCGGCGACGACGCUACCGCCCUCUAUCCUGGCGAAACUGUCGUCAUCGCGGGCGGGUCAGCCCUGGGCUCUGGCGCCGCUGGGCCAGUCACGGGCGGCCGCUGGCGGCCCACGGCGAUCCAUUGGUGUUGCGGGCCAAGCUUGCCCUGCUGGGUCGGGUGUUCCCUGCAGCAGCCCUGGAACACCCGCCGCAGCACCUAGCAACAGCACCACCUCAGCAGGAUCCAAUGGCGCACCCAACGCCUGGCACCGUACUGAGGUAUCAUCCACGUACCUCCAGCUACAGCGCAGCUCAUCGCCCCACCGCCAGCAGCACCCGCGAGCCCGACAGGCACCACCUGGCACGGCAUGCGCCCACUAAUACUGGACCGCUGCACUAA